AUGCGCCCGUCUCCCCGCGCGUGUGCUCUGGCCUCCCUCCCCGCUUGGGAGUGCGAUGCUGUCCAUGCCGAUGCUCAUGCCGCUGCCCAUGUCCGAUAA